AACCUUCUUCGCGAUGGAAAGGAAUCAUGGAGGCAUCUUUCGUUUCUACCUUGCAGGAGGAAUUAUCGUUCUGCAUCUUUUCUCAUGUGGACUUUCUCAAGAUACAGGGUUAUCGCCCACAUCGUCAGCGGCUGGUGUAUCGCUACUUCCAGAUGGCAGCGUGCGUCUCGUAGACGGGUACCAAGCUUACGAGGGUCGUGUAGAGGUUUACUACCAAGGAGUCUGGGGAACCGUCUGCGAUGAAUUCUGGACCCUGAGCGCAGCAAUUGUGCUUUGCAAUCAACUCGGCUACAGCGGUGCAGUCGAAGCGAAACCAGACGCAUACUACGGGCAGGGUUCAGGGCCAAUGCGACUCGAUGGUCUCAACUGUGGUGGAUAUGAGAAUAGUAUAGCAGCUUGCAGUCAUGACGGGUGGUCGAUACCACUAACCACAUGCGAUCAUUCACACGAUGCUGGUGCCGUGUGUAGCGUGGAAGGUGAUCCCAUAUCACUGUCCCCAGCACCCACAACAGAUGGUGCAGUGCGCCUGACUGGCGGCACUAGGACGAAUAUUGGUCGUGUCGAAGUGUACUACCUCGGUCAAUGGGGAACAAUCUGCCAAAAAGGACUCGACAACGCAACAGCUGACGUCAUCUGCAGGCAACUCGGUUACAUAUCAGCUGCCGAUACCCCUGCACCUCCUGAGUUUGAAUUCGGACGCUCAUCUAGCCCAAUACACCUGGAUGACGUCAAAUGCGUCGGCACCGAGUCCAAAUUGGCGCUUUGUAGUCAUGGACCAUGGGGUGACAAUGACUGCGACCACUCUGAUGACCUCACUUUAAACUGCAAAACCUACUCCACACCAGAAGAUGGUUCACUUCGAUUGGUGGACGGGCGAGGAUCUCAGAGUGGCCAAGUACAGAUUUCUUAUCAAGGCGUCUGGGGUACGGUUUGCGAUGAUGACUGGAACAUCAAUGAUGCUUCUGUUGUAUGCAGACAGCUCGGCUACAAAAGAGUCCGUACGUCACUACCGUCGUCUUAUUUCGGCGAUUACACAAUUCCUGUGUUUUUAGGCAGUAUCGAAUGUAUAGGUUCAGAACAACGAUUAGAAGAUUGUCAACAUCAAUGGCGGAGUGGCACUUGCGACCAUUCGGAUGAUGUAGGGGUCAUUUGCGGCACACCUUAUAACCCUAUACCCACUGCGUAUAAAGACGAUGGCAGAGUUCGUCUAGAUGGGGGUGAGUACCCACAUCACGGCCGUGUAGAAGUCAAAUAUCACGGCAGGUGGGGAACUGUAUGUGACCAAGGAUGGACUUCGGAGGCGGCCGCUGUAGUGUGUCGACAGCUAGGAUUCAUAUCUGCAGAGAGUGCCUUACCACGGUCAUUCUAUGGUGAGACUACGAAGACUGUGCUCCUUGAUGACGUAUCGUGUGAUGGCACAGAACCAGAACUAGUGAUGUGUAGUCAUGGCAGCUGGGUUGAUAAGAGCUACAACCAAUCCGGAUAUGCGAGCGUAGUUUGUACGGCACCAACACCAGAGGGCGCUAUACCAGAUGGCUCUGUCAGACUGGUAGAUGGUGAUUCGGCUCUUGAAGGACGACUGGAAUUGUAUUAUCAAGGAAUUUGGGGAACAGUUUGUGGUCACAAUUGGAAUGCCCUAAACAGUGACGUAGCGUGUAAACAGCUAGGAUACCAGUCUUCUGACCCAACACUCCCUCACUACCGAGUCGUAACUGACGAAACACUCGGUGCCAUCGUGCUAGAUGAGGUUGUAUGUACUGGCGGGGAGGACAGACUUGUUGAUUGCGCGCAUGAUGGUUGGGGUAUCACUGACUGCACUCAUCUGAGCGAUGUUGGAAUCAAGUGCAGUAAUGAAUCAUCAAGCCCAGACACCAUGGAUGGCUCGCAUGAAGAAGAAGGUGGUGAUGAAGGCAGCAAUGAAGCCAUCGGAGAAAAUGGAACAAAGCCCAAGAAACCAUUCUCAAAAGGAGAUGAUAUUGAUAUGUCAACUGGUUUGUGGAUUUUGAUAAUACUGAUCAUUAUGCUCCUGAUAAUGCUCAUCGCAUUUAUCACAGUACUCGUCUACCAGAAAUACGGCCGUCAUACCAAAGCAACAUAUCAUACUGCCUUACCUAUGGAAGAUAAAGUGUGAUUCACUGAGCUGUCAGCUGAGUCAGUUUGUACUUUUGAUAAAACUUAACUAGAAUCACCCGUUUCAGACUGGCGCUUCAGAGCCACACUAAACCAAACUCUGUGAAUAAAAUACAUGAAAAGUUCGACAUCGAAAGAUCGACUGUUGCAGUCGUUUGGAAUGACUCUGAAGCACAUUGGUUUCAGACUUAGAACUUUGUCUUGAGCCAAGCCAAUGUAAAUGGUAUAAAAGUAAGGAGCGACUAGACGCGCUAGAAAUAGAAAGAUCUAUUGUUGCAGUCGUUCGGAACGACUCUGGAGCGCCUUGGUUUUAUAGACGUCGAUCUUGUGAUGAACCGAGCCAUUACUAUGUUAGUUUAGGAGCGACUGGAUACGAUAGAAGUCGAAAGGUCGACUGUUGCAGUCAUUCGGAACGACUCUAUGGAGCACUUUGGUUUCAGACGUCAAUUUUGCCAUGAUUCGAGCCAAUGUAAACCAUAGGCCUAUGUUAAGUUCGCCUGUCUGAAACUUGGGUCGACCUAGACAAAUCUAUUUGGUUCGGAGCAACUCUGACGUGCCCGUCUGAAAGCGACUUUAGAGAUAUUCAUUAAUAUGGAUCUGCAUACUAGCUAAAAAACGUUAUGCUCUUCGUGCUCUUCUUAGUGCAAAUAAAAACUCAAAAUGUGUUUUACACUGAGCCUAUGGUUUGCAGACAAAGAAAGUACAUUUUUUGUUAUAGCACUCUAUGCCAAAAUAUGUAUAUUUAGCUUUGUUGAAAUAAUUGGCAUAUAAUCGUGAGUUUAUUUGAGACAAUACUCUGCUUUAUAUUUAAUUUGUCGUUUUUUUUUAUUUGUUCGUGGUGGGAAAUAAUUUAGAAAAUUUAUUAGCGGUAAUUCAAUGAAAGGAUAUGAAAUGCUUUAGCCAUUUUUCAGAUAGGUUGUAGCGGCUCUGGAAAUAUAAUUAUUUUGACCAUUUCCAGGGGCGUUGGUGAUCGUACAAUCUUUUUAGAUAGAUACAUAGCCUAAGCCUUUAAAGGCACCAAGUGGACAUUAUUUGUAAUUACUCAAAUCAAUUGUUACAGCAUAAACACUUUUAAGUGUUUAUGCUAUAAAUUGGAUGAGCGAUGGAGAGCUGUUGAAACAUAAACCGUUUACAUGUACAUUUUUUAUUUCUUUUUGCAAUAAUGUGAUAAACUUGAUUAGAAAAUUUAAAUGGGCCCAUUGUGUUCAUUGUUUAGUUGGUAGGAUAUUAUCAACGGUUCUUUUAAUUAGUUUUCAAAAUGUUGUCUUUUUUAUACAUGCUUUAAAUUAUGCUGCAUAAGUGUCUCGUCGAAAUAGCAUAAACACUUUUAAGUGUUUAUGCUAUAAAUUGGAUGAGCGAUGGAGAGCUGUUGAAACAUAAACCGUUUACAUGUACAUUUUUUAUUUCUUUUUGCAAUAAUGUGAUAAACUUGAUUAGAAAAUUUAAAUGGGCCCAUUGUGUUCAUUGUUUAGUUGGUAGGAUAUUAUCAACGGUUCUUUUAAUUAGUUUUCAAAAUGUUGUCUUUUUUAUACAUGCUUUAAAUUAUGCUGCAUAAGUGUCUCGUCGAAAGAAGACAGGUAAACUUAAUAAAAUAUUUGUUGUGUCAACAAAACAAUGA